UUUCUUCCCCAAGAUGGUUUAAAUAUAAUCUGGGUCCCCAUCUGUCUUUACACUGUCACUCAAUAAUCUGAUGGUCUUUUCACAGCUCCCAGACCCAUGAAAAUCUCCAACACCCUCAACACCUCCAGGACCAUCGCUGGCUUCAUCCUCCUGGGCUUCCCUUGCCCCAGGGAAGGGCAGAUCCUCCUCUUUCUGCUCUUCUCUGUUGUCUACCUCCUGACCCUCAUGGGCAAUGGGUCUAUCAUCUGUGCUGUGUACUGGGAUCAGAGACUCCACACUCCCAUGUACAUCCUCCUCGCCAACUUCUCCUUCCUAGAGAUCUGGUAUGUCACCUCCACUGUCCCCAACAUGUUGGCCAACUUCCUCUCUGACACCAAGGUCAUCUUCUCUGGGUGCUUUCUCCAGUUCUACUUUUUCUUCUCCUUGGGUUCUACGGAAUGCUUUUUCUUGGCUAUUAUGGCAUUUGAUCGGUACCUUGCCAUCUGCCGGCCUCUACGUUAUCCAACCACUAUGACAGGAUGUCUCUGCACCAAUCUUGUGGUCAGUUGUUGGGUACUUGGUUUCUUCUGGUACUUGAUUCCCAUCAUCGUCAUUUCCCAAAUGUCCUUCUGUGGAUCCAGGAUCAUUGACCACUUCCUGUGUGAUCCAGGUCCUCUUCAAGCACUCACUUGCAAAAAAACUGUGGUAGAGCUUGUCUUCUCCACUUUAAGUCUUCUGCCCCUUGUCAUUCUCUUUCUCUUCUUCACGGGAUCCUAUACUUUGAUCUUAAGAGCAGUAUUGCAAGUCCCUUCAGCAGCUGGGAAAAGAAAGGCCUUCUCCACCUGUGGGUCUCAUCUGGCUGUGGUUUCACUGUUCUAUGGCUCAGUGCUGAUCAUGUAUGGGAACCUAACAUCUGAGCAUAAAGCUGAAACACAGAAGAUUGUGACUCUUUUUUAUUCUGUCGUGACUCCACUCCUUAAUCCUGUGAUAUAUAGUCUUAGGAACAAAGAUAUGAAAAAUGCCUUACAUAAACUUCUGGGAAUAUAA